AUGUCACUUCAGCAACACCAGCAACACCAGCAACAUCAUCUGCCAUCUUCCUAUACCGACACGGACAUGUCCGAUAGUGACUCUGAAUCUACAAGGCCAUGGCAUCAUGAUAAAAUUCAUUUGAAAAACUCCGCUCCGAUUAGUAUUCCACAUCAUCACAACAAGUCAGUUCAUUUAGACAGUGAAAACGAAAGUCUUGACUUGUCAUACGACGCUGAAAUGCACCGAUUGUGCCUCAGUUACGUUGAAGACGAGCUUGAUGAAGACGACCCAAUUCUUUACCGUAAUGUGGCAUUUUUUCAAUCGCACAAUGGACAUUCACACACUCGUAAAAUACAGCGUCAGAUACAUUCUUUACACUUGAAUGGAGUCACUUCAACUCUCAACCAAACGAACGGACCAGACGACGAAGUUAUUUUUCCUAUGGACCUGUAA